AUGUCCGAGCUUUCCCUGGCACGACUACCUUCAAUCGUGCUCUCGCAGGUGGCUGGCUUUCUCGUCGACCUGCUCACGUUCCUCGCCUUCACUUCCUCGUGCCGCACUCUUAGGGCUGCUGUGCGUCCCCGCCACUACGCGGCCUUGGUCGCCGUCAUGUGCAACCGGACUCGCGAUGCAUCGGGUAGAGUGCGUAGUUCGAUUCUUUUUUCCAUGUUCAAUGCGCGCGUGCCGCCAACAGGGUUUUUUCCCGACUUUGAGGAUUCCGGCAUCAACGAUUUGGGGCCGGUCUUCUAUCCGUUCUUGCGUCCGGACGAGACUGUCAUCACAGAACCUCAGCAAUCAUCCUCCGGAGGAUCCCCGUUCUUCUUUGCCAUCUUGGAGGAUGUGAAGAAGCUAGACUUGCAAGGCGGCACCUGGAUACCAAAUAGCUUUUAUAACCACACCGUGCUGCUGCAAGCGAUGAGGUGGGACCUGCUUUCAUUGGCGAAAUGGAUACAUGCCCACGGCGUAGUCCCUACAUGGGGCAACCCUCUGCUUUAUGCCGCGAGGUCCGGCAACAUUGACAUUGUGCGAUGGGCGGUUCAGGAGAAAUUAUUCAACGGCCCUAACGCCUCGAGAUUUUAUGGCGGCGACGUCUACACUCCGGUCGAUGAAGCAUACCGAGCAAAUAAAUCUGAGAUAGUGAACUAUCUCCUCGAGGCAAGACUUCCUGGGGCAUCCAGUAAGCCAGAACUCUCGUACUUGUUUACCAGCAACUUUCGUCCAACAUCCGAAAAAGCUGUUGAAACUACCGAUCUGGAGUUCAUCAAAAAGAUGUUGGCCGGCGGACAGCAUAUAACCCCCGUAGCCGCCUGCGCCGGUCGUGCACUGAACAUUGCUGUGACAAGGCUCCUGCAUCACCAUGGCAUGGAUCUAUUGGACGCAUUCAAAUCUGCCUGUGAAACAGCAUCCGUCUCAGCUUCAGAAAACAUUGAGUACCUGGACCUUCUCCUGAGCUGGGGCGGUGAUGACAAUCCGAACCGUCAGCUGUGGAUAGACAGCGGCUUGAACUCUGCGUUUUGGGCUUGCAAACUGGAAGUUGUGCAACAUCUUCUCUCCCUGGGAGCACAAUUCGCUGUGAUAUACAACUUGAAGGGUUUUGCCUCAGGGAUGAUAACGUCGAAAGCCAAAGAGGAGUUUUACUUUGCUCUCAUGAACGACGGGCGCGGCCGGGAAUCGCUUUCAAAUUGGGCCCAUCUCCCCUUAUCGGCGUGGACGGUCACGGACAAAGAUGAUGCAGAGGUUGCUAGAAAAAAGGAAGAGCUGUCUGCGAGGCUGGACAAAGAGCGCCUUGCUAAAGUCAUCCUCGAUCAGAAGGCCGGCAUCGAGACGGUUGUCGGCACCUCUACCUCUCGCAAGCCCCGAGUGAUGAAAGCUGGGUUCAUGGAGACCGUCGACCGAAACGGAGUCAUCGUCGUUAGUGACCACGAGAACGGUUACCGCCGCCGGCUCAAUAAGAAGCUCAAAUCAGGGGGGGAGAAAAUCUCGCAACGCGUUCGCUGGGUUGAUGCGGAUGUUUGGCGAUGGAAACAUCGCGAUCCGUGGAUCGGAGAGGGGAGCAAAAAGCGGGCUCGGCCGGUGGAGAGUGACAGUGACAGCGAGACGGACGGCGGCGAGUGUGAGGAUUGUAGUAGCCGGGAGGAGGGUGAGAGUGAGAGCGAUUAG